UUCAACCUAAUGGAAGAUAGAAAUGAAAUUAACCUAGCUCAGAAUGCACAUUCUUCCAUAAAGAAUUGUGUGUUCCUUCUCUCUCUCCCUGCUCACUCGGUGAGAACUCACAAGUUAUCAUUGAGUCUUACAUAUAUGAGAUUUCUAGAUCUCCAGCAUUGACUCUAUGUAACUAACUUUCCCAUCAAUUUGUCGUUUUGAUUUUGGUUUUGGUUUGCCGAAUGGAAGAAACGGUGGUCAUGCAGAGCAGGAAGCGGAGAUUCCAAAGAGAAUAAUCAAACACACUAUUUUGCUUCUGCUUUCUGGCUUUCCGUAGUCUAUCAGUUUUAGAUUUUUUAAAUUAAUUGGGCAGAAAUAAAAUAUUCGAUCCCUUCUGCACUUACUCAGUACUCACAUGCUUCAUCACUCAGGCGGUUAGUCGGCAAAAGGUUCAGCGGUGGAGGUGCUCCUUGUGGUGAGGAAAAGAUCGUGAUUGAAUAAAGUUGUGACCUUUAUGGGGAAAUUGAGCUUCUGAGAGCACCCUGUGGUAGUCCCGGGCAGGAAUCUAUUUCUUUUCUUUUUCCUUGACGUUUUUCAUUGAGGAUUGGAGAAGUGAAGUGAAUGGAGGUUGGGGAGAUGGAUGGAAAGGAGCCACAAGUUGAGGUUCCUUUGGCACCUGCCACCCUUAUUAAGCCUGUUCCUCUAAAACCAGUGCCGAUCUACACGCCUGGGGUGAUUAACCAAAUGGGUUAUCAUGCAAAUGGGGCAGUUGCAUGUGUUGAAUUUUCAAUUGGCCAGGAGAAAUUGUGUAGGUCAGAUAUUGGGUCAGACGUCGCGCGUGACAGUGCCAAAACUGCCGAACAUACAGUUUCGGAAGCUACUUCCAGCUUCAGCAAACUCGGGUUUUGUGAACAUUUGUUCGCAGUUGAGGCUGAAUCGAGGAACUCUAGUGUGACAAAAGGGACUAAUGAAGGAUUCAACAAUCCAUUUGUCCCUUCUUUCAUCCAUGACAACAUUCAGGACCCUCAGGAAACAUACAUUGCUUGCUGUAGCAACAGAAUUUCACAGGAUACCCCAUUUACACUUGACAAUGCGGACAAAGAAAGCAGACAAAUAGCAUCAAUGCAAAUCAAUAUGGAAGAAAAUGAUCCAGGUGGGGAAGAGAGAAAUGGCCCUGCCAGUAAGCUUGACAGUAAUGUACUGCCAGGCAGCAAAGAACUCUGUGACCCUAUCAUGGAAUUCGCUGCUAUUUCUUCACCACUCAAGGAGAAUCAAAACCAGGAUAAGGGAAGCAAUCUUGAAAGUAAUAUUAAUAAAACACCACAACAAAAACCAAGGAGAAGAAAACACCGUCCCAAGGUCAUCAAAGAAGGCAAACCCAAAAGAACUCAGAAGCCUGUUACCCCAAAGCCUGUUCAAUCAAAAGGAAACCCAACUGUGAAGAGGAAAUAUGUGAGAAAGAAUGCAUUGACCAAGACUUCUAUUCCUCCAACGGAAGUGACUAGCGAAUUGACAAAAGAAAUGCCUGAAACUGCCAAAACGUCUUGUAGAAGGGUCAUAAAUUUUGACAUGGGAGCAAGAGAUGAAAGUUCUGCUGGCAUAGAAAACAUAACUGCACUGUUGGGAAAAGAAAAUGGCGUGAAUGUGGGCCUUGCAGAUGAUCUGAACACUUCUGUGAAGCAGGCAUCAAACAGUUAUUCAUCAAUACCAGAAGACACGCAAGCCCAAAAUGCAUUUCCUUCGGGAAGAAAAGAAUCAGGGACAAAACCAGAGGAAAAACCAGCUGCAAAGAGGAAGUAUGUGAGAAGGAAAGGAGUGAGCAUGACUUAUACUCCUGCAGCAGAAAUUACUAAAGGGAUGCCCCAGUCCACCCAAAUGCCAUGUACAGAGUUGAGAAAUUUUGAUGAAAGAACCAGAGAUCAAAGGUGUGAAGUCAAAGAGCAUGCAACAGUAUGUACUGGUAGUGAAAUUGGUGUAAUCAGGCAAGAAAUGAAUGCAGGCCUAGCAAACUAUUUAAACACUUCCAUUACGCAGCCAUCAAACUAUUGCAAGUCUUUAGCAGAAGACUCACGAGCCCUAAAUACAUCUUCAGGAAGAAAAUGCUCUGUGACAGAACCAGAGGAAAGCUCAGUUGUUAAGAAGAAUACAAGGAAAAAGGUGAAUUCGACUUCUCCAACAGAACUGGCUGGAGAAAUGAUUACAGAAAAUGUGCCUGGAUCGGCCCGAGAGAAUCCAAUUGUCAUUCCAGGUAGUGAAAUUGGUGUAGCCAUGCAGGAUACUAAUGUAGGAUUUGUCUAUGAUCUAAACACUGACAUGAAGCUGGCAUCAAACACUUACGUGUCAUUACCAGAAGAAACACAAGCCACAAAUACAUAUUCAAGAAAAAGAAGAUCUGGGACAAAGCCGAACGAAAACCCAACUGCCAAGAGGAAGUAUGUGAGAAAGAAAGGGGUGAAGACAUCUGCUCCUCCAAUUGAAGUACCAGGAGAAUUGACUAGAGAAAACAUGUCAGUAUCUGCCCAAACAUUAUGCACACAAUCCACAAAUUUUGAUGAAAGAGAAAGAGAAAAAACUUAUGCAGUCAAAGAAAAUCUAAGUAGACAUCCAGGCAGUGAAAUUGGUGUAGUCAUGCAGGAAAUGAACGUAAGCCUUGCCUAUGAUUUAAACACUUCCAUGAAGCAGACAGUAUAUGAAGACAUGACAUUACCUAAGGACGCACAAGCCCCAGGUCCAUCUUCAAAAAUGAAUCUCCCUGGGACAAAGACAAAAGAAAACCUGACCACCAAGAGGAAGAAUGUGAGGAAAAAAGUAUCGGAUCCGUCUCCUAUUCCUUCAGAAAUAACAGGAUUGACUGAAACAGUGAUAGUUCAUUCUAACAAUAUGUCAUGGAGGCCUUCAAAUUCUGACAUAGGAACUAGAGAUGUAAGGUAUGUACGGAGAGAAAAUUUAAAUUUGCACAUGGGAAAGGAAAAUGUGGUGUUAGAGGAAACAAAAGUAGGUCUCAAGUGUAAUCAAGACCCUUGGAUGAAUGCAACAUUAACUAAUUGCAAUCCAUUACCUGACGGAAUGCAACAACUUGGUACAUCUCCUGGAGCUACACAUCUUAGUACAUCUAUUUCAAAAUACACCCACCUUGGGGCAACGGCUUGGGAUGGAAACAUCAGUAAUAGUCAAAGUUCAACCAUGAGGUUACAAAUGAAUGGUAGAAAGAGGAAAUAUUCUGGUAGCUUUAGUCAUGCUGAUGACAGCAGCAUGAAUCUGAUUGGAGCACACUUUAAUGGAUUGUUAUCAUACAAGAAUAGCUGCUACAUUCAGUUUCCAAACAUACAGAAGAAAAGGAGAACUAAAAAAGGGAAAACUUCUGGCAAGUACAACAAAUCUGUGACUGCAACAAAAGUCCAACAGGCAUACCCUCAGGAAGAUGCUCUAGGACAUCCUUAUGCAUCACGCCCUAGCUGCUGGAAUUAUGGAUCUGGAUAUAAUACGACAGCGGUCCCAGUCAUUAGUGAAUUUGCUGAAAAUUUUAUUGAUAAUACUAAAGCAUUUAUGUUGUCUUUGAAAAGGCGGGAAGAAAGGUCUCGAAUCUCUAAUUGUGGUUCUGGUUCUCCAACCAGUAUUAGAAAUGGUGAUACUGGACCAAAUUAUAAUACAAAACAAGUAGGGAUACCUGCCAGAGAAACAUUUGGGGAUGCAAAAAGACCUCAAACAUGCAUUGAUGCUUUAAUCGCAGAUACACCUACAUCACUUCCAAAAAAGAAACGGAAUAGAAAGAAAAAGGUCAUUUCCAGUUCAGCACAUUUUAGCACAAACAAGAUGCUACAUAAUUUUACAUGGGGAAAGCCAUCAGAUGUUGCUUCCGAAGUACUGUGGAAAACAAUGAGCUAUGUUGAUGCAUUAACGUUGCAGUUUAGACGACUAAACAUAAACACAGAAGCCAGAGACCUCGCAUUUUAUGAGCAGAAUGCACUUGUUCUGUAUAAACAGCCAAAUCGAAAGCAAAACAGCCUUAUCCGUGGAGACGGGGCCAUUGUUCCCCUUCAAAUCAAGAAACAGCAUCUACGACCAAAGGUUGACCUUGAUGAUGAGACCGAUAGAGUGUGGAAGCUUUUGUUGCUUGAUAUAAACAGUCCUGGAAUUGAUGGAACAGAUGAAGAUAGGGCCAAAUGGUGGGAAGAAGAGCGGAAUGUGUUCCGAGGACGAGCAGACUCAUUUAUUGCACGGAUGCAUCUUGUACAAGGAGACAGACGAUUUUCUCGAUGGAAAGGAUCAGUGGUGGAUUCAGUGAUUGGAGUUUUCCUCACCCAGAAUGUCUCUGACCAUCUUUCCAGCUCUGCUUUCAUGUCCCUUGCUGCUCGAUUUCCAAAAGAUUUAGGCAGCAUGUACAAAGCACACCAGGCUGAAGACACAAGGCUGGAACCACAAGUGCGUGUAGUGGAACCAGAAGAAGGGACUGAAUGGAAUGUAAAAUUAUUGAAUCAAUCUGUUUAUGACCAGAGUUCUUUGACGACGGAUAUAGUUGAGCGUUCUGCAGAAAAAGAAGCCAUCAACAGCAAUGAUUCAUGUGGAACGACCAGCAGUGCAAUUAGUCUGUCAGAUGAAUCAAACUCCAGAUUGUCAGUAUCAUCUCAACAAAAUAUUAAGGAACACUGUAGUCCAAUGGGAAGUGGACUAUGUUGUUCCACAAUUGAGGAAGGAGAAGAAAAAUCAUGUUAUGAUGAUAGGAAAGAGUUGAUUGAUAUAGUUUCAUCCCAAGGCUCUGUCAUUUCGUCUCAAAUUUCUGGAGAUUUUUCAAAUGAUCAAAAUCCUGAGAAAAUAGGAGCAUGUUCAGAUAGCAACUCGGAAGUAGAAGUUCUAUCGAAAACAGCAAAGUACAACCAUUAUGAUAGUAACACUUCUUUCAGUAAACUCCUCGAAAUGGUUAGUUCAACCAAGUUUUAUGAAGAUAACAAUCUGAAAAGCAAAUCAAAUCAGAACUUAAGAGAUGCAUAUGAUCAAUCUUUAUGCAGGCAGCAUGACAACCCAAAAGAAAGCUUGCAAAAGUCAAGUGUUACUCAUGGUCCUUCAGAAGCAUCCAUUAACCUGUCCCAUGACUGCUUUGAUCCUUUCAAAACCAAAUCAAGUGACUUCUUGAUGAAAAAGGAUGAGAAUGGCAUGAACAGAUCUAGUUCUCAAACAACAGAACCUGCCAGCCAAGUUGCAAUUACUCUUUCUCAAGUCCAUCCUCAGGAACAAAGCAAUCACCAGCAACAAAGCUUUUUCAAUUUCAACAGCCCUGGACAAACUCAAGAUCUUAUGCAGAAAGAAAGGGGAUCAGAUGUUGGCAAGCACAAAAAUGCCACGAGGAAUGGGGCCAAUGAGAUAAGUUCUUCGCCAAUAAAAGUAAAGACCAAGGAUCAAGGAAAAGAUCAAAAGGUUGAUUUUAACUGGGAUAGUUUAAGAAUAGAAGCACAAGCUAAGGCUGGGAAAAGAGAAAAGACAGAAAACACUAUGGAUUCUUUGGAUUGGGAUGCUGUGAGAUGUGUAGAUGUCAAUGAAAUUGCCAAGACCAUCAAAGAACGGGGUAUGAACAACAGGCUUGCAGAACGGAUUCAGAAUUUCCUGAAUCGACUGGUUGAAGAACAUGGAAGCAUUGACCUUGAAUGGCUGAGAGAUGUUCCACCAGACAAAGCAAAAGAAUACUUGCUCAGUGUAAAAGGAUUGGGAUUGAAAAGUGUGGAAUGUGUGCGGCUUUUAACACUGCACCAUCUUGCCUUCCCGGUAGACACAAAUGUUGGACGAAUAGCAGUACGAUUGGGGUGGGUACCUCUGCAGCCACUGCCUGAAACACUGCAGUUGCAUCUCCUAGAAUUGUACCCAGUGUUGGAAUCAAUACAGAAAUACCUCUGGCCCCGACUGUGCAAGCUAGAUCAAAAAACACUAUAUGAGCUACAUUAUCAGAUGAUUACAUUUGGAAAGGUCUUCUGUACAAAAAGCAAACCAAAUUGUAAUGCAUGCCCAAUGAGAGGAGAAUGUAGACAUUUUGCUAGUGCAUUUGCAAGUGCAAGGCUUGCACUGCCUGGACCAGAGCAGAAGAGUAUAGUUAGCACAGCUGGAAAUAGUGUGAUUGACCAGAAGCCAUCUGAAACCAUCAGUCAGUUGCACUUGCCUCCCCCUGAGAACACAACCCAGGGAGAAGAAAUUCAACUAACAGAAGUGUGCAGGCCAUUGGAAUCAAAAUCAGAGAUAAAUAUUUGUCACCCUAUCAUUGAAGAGCCAACAACUCCAGAACCAGAAUGCUCCCAAGUAUCACAGAUUGAUAUAGAGGAUGCUUUCUAUGAGGAUUCAUGUGAAAUUCCUACCAUCAAGCUUAACAUAGAAGAGUUCACUCUGAAUUUACAAAAUUACAUGCAAGAAAAGAUGGAACUCCAAGAAGGUGAAAUGUCAAAGGCAUUGGUUGCCUUGAAUCCAGAAGCUGCUUCAAUUCCUAUGCCAAAGCUAAAGAAUGUGAGCCGAUUACGAACAGAGCACUGUGUUUAUGAACUCCCAGAUACACAUCCUCUUCUGCAAGGGUGGGACACACGAGAGCCUGAUGAUCCAGGCAAAUACCUUCUUGCUAUAUGGACUCCAGGUGAAACAGCAAAUUCUAUACAGCCACCAGAAAGCAAAUGCAGCUCCCAAGAAGAAUAUGGCCAACUCUGUAAUGAGAAGGAAUGUUUUUCAUGCAACAGUUUCCGAGAAGCUAAUUCACAGAUAGUUAGAGGGACACUCCUGAUACCAUGUCGAACAGCUAUGCGGGGAAGUUUUCCACUGAAUGGCACCUAUUUCCAGGUCAAUGAGGUAUUUGCUGACCACGAGUCUAGUCUUAACCCAAUCAGUGUGCCCCGAAGUUGGAUCUGGAACCUAAAUAGACGAACAGUAUAUUUUGGAACCUCCGUACCAACAAUAUUUAAAGGUUUAACAACUCAAGAAAUUCAACAAUGCUUUUGGAGAGGUUAUGUCUGCGUGCGGGGAUUUGACAGGGAAACACGAGCACCCCGUCCUCUGAUGGCUAGACUACAUUUCCCAGCUAGCAAGUUGGCUAAGACUAAAGAGAAGACCGAAAAGGGAUCGAGUUCCGCAAAAUCACGAGGAAUGAAAUCGAAUGUAGAACAGCCGGAAUUGAUUUCUAACAGUAGCAACUUUUAAUAGAGGGGAAGAAACUUCAGACAAAUCAGUAUUACGCAUCCCAUAGUGUGUUGACCGGUAGCAUGUAUAAAAUGACGAAGUCAUUAUUUAAUUUAACUUUGAGUUCUUUCUAUCGUGCUCAGAGACUGAGCAGUUUUUCCAGAUUAGGACCCCCAAUAAUGUACUGGUGGUAGCACUUAGGUUCUAGUUUCUUGUUUCCAGAAAAAAAAAAAAAAUCACAUGAUGUGGAUUGUGAGCCAUUUAAUGCUGCUAUAUGAGAUUAACUGGGAUACUUGCGUAACAGCAAAGUACCUUUCACCCCAACUACUGCAUUAGGUACUACGAA